CGAGCGUCCGCCAUUGGCUCAGGCGACCACUGAGCGUCGGGAGGUGUGGUCGGCUCUAGCCAGGGGGCGAACCUUUGCGUGUCGCCGGGGAUUGAGGGCUGCGUGAGGAGCGGCCUGAAGCCUCGCGCACCCCGAGGAUCGGGGAAGGGGCUUCUGGGGGCUUGGGCACCGCGGACCCUCUUAGGCGUCCGCACCUGAGCUCGCCAGCCUCCAGCACGCCUGCGCAGCCAGGGUCUUUCCUGAUCGUGAGACCCCCAAAGGCGGGCGGCUCCAGGCUUUCUGGCCAGUGCGUCCUGGUGGGGGCAGUCAUGGCGCAGCUGUGUGGACCGUGGCGCGGCCGGGCACUCCUCGCUCUGCUGGCGUCGUUGCUUUUCUCCGGGGCCGAGGCCACCGACGGAGAUCGACGCAUCCAAGACUUUUGCCAAGCUUCACAGGUAGUGGGGAGAUGCCGCGCCUCCAUUCCUAGAUGGUGGUACAAUGUCACCGAUGGGUCCUGUCAGCUGUUUGUGUAUGGAGGCUGUGACGGAAAUGACAAUAAUUACCAGAGCAAGGAGGAGUGUCUUGAGAAAUGUGCUGGUGUCACAGAGAAUACCAUGGAUCGCACGGGCACCAGAAGGAGUGGAGCAGAGUCCUCUGUUCCGAGUGGGUCCAGAAGGCAGGAUUCUGAUGACCUCUCUGGUGAUAUCUUCAACUAUGAAGAAUACUGCGCUCCCAAGGCGGUCACGGGGCCUUGUCGCGCAGCCUUCCCACGCUGGUACUUUGACGCUGAGAAGAAUGCCUGCGAUGCCUUCACCUACGGGGGCUGCCGCGGCAAUAAAAACAGCUAUCGCUCCAAGGAGGCGUGCAUGCAGCGCUGCUUUGGCCAGCAGAUGUACCCUGCCGUGCCCUCUGGCGCUAAAGCGAUGGUGCUGGUGGGACUCUCGGUGAUGGUCCUGAUUGUCCUCCUGGCCGCCUCUGUGGUCUACUUGAUCCGAGCGGUGCGGAAGAGGCAGGAGCGUGCCCUCCACACUGUCUGGACCUCUGGGGACGACAAGGAGCAGCUGGUGAAGAACACAUAUGUCCUGUGAAGGCCUUGUCACCAGGAGAACUAGCGGAGGGAGAGGGGGAUGUGCGCGUGUGUUUUUUAGAUAGCGUGAUGGAUUGUUUCUGUGCGAUCAUUAGGGCUUCCCUCCGUCUGUACUGUACUUGGUGUGAGGAGCUGCCUCCGGUCUGGGUCUGCUUAGGGAACCCUCGGAGGAAGGCGCUGCCGGCAGCCCAGUGUCUCCUCCUGUCCUUCUGUCCCCUAGUGAUGGUGUUCUCAGCUCACGUCAACCCCACUGCCUGCUUUCUUACCCAUCACAAAGUAAUGUUGUUGUAUUAGGUUCCUGUUUGAUUGUUGUUGUUGUUGCUGUUAUUUUUUAAGUAGAAAUGC